AUGCCACUUCCAAACUUCGAUGAUGCUGUCCGUUGUGAUAAUCGUCUGUUGUGGGAUGAGCUUGAUUACGAUCGUGACGCAUUAUUAAAGGAGAGUCAAACAAUGGAGAGGCAAUUGACGGAUGAGCAAAAAGUUGUGUACGAAACUGUAGUAAAUGAUGUAGACCACCAAAAGGGGGGGUUGUACUUUGUCUACGGGUACGGUGGAACUGGGAAAACAUUUGUUUGGAGAGCGUUGUCUGCAAAAAUUCGCUCGAGAGGGGAUAUUGUCAUAAACGUAGCAUCGAGUGGAAUCGCAUCUUUACUGCUCCCUGGCGGCCGAACAGCACACUCGAGGUUUGCCAUACCUAUUACAGUCACGGAGGAUUCAACCUGCAACAUCACCCAAGGUAGCAACUUGGCCGAACUCAUUAUACAGUGCAAACUAAUAAUAUGGGAUGAAGCACCGAUGAUGCACAAGCAUUGCUUCAAGGCACUGGAUAGGACAUUGCGGGAUCUACUUCGGUUCACUGAUCAGAAUGCUGGAAACUGA